AAUACGACUGCGCUCUCUGUAUUCACUCAUGCAUUGCCUCAUACAUCGUUCUCUCAUGCCAAAGAGUACUUCGCAGAAAGCAAUGUCCAAUUUUACGCUGAUCAAGAUACACACCCUGAUGCUCAUCAGGGACAAUACUUGCAUAUCGCAGAAGCCUUUCGGUGGGCCCAUGAGAAGCAACAGAAAUCUGAAUGGAUCAUGCUCGUCGAAGACGACUUCCCCAUCUGCGGAGAAUGGGGAUGGGGUGGAGUACGGGGCGUCAUGAAUGAACUGGAAAAAGGGAGGCACAAUAGUACACUGCUUGACAGGUGGGGAGGUUUUGUUGGUACAGGUGGAAGCGGUUUAAUCGUUCACCGGUCUUUGCUAUCUGUGCUCAUCUUCCUUAUGCGAGCGCACUCAGACCUAAUCUCACCGUUGCCACCUGCUCUACCUCAAAGACCCGCAGAUCUUAUCAUCCAGGAUUGCCUCCUGGGAAACGAUCCUCUAUGUCCUCGACGACCGGGAGGCGGCAGUUUGGUCAUUACGUCAAAAUUAGCCAUGGAUCAUAUCGGCGCACUUUCUUCGACUACCAAGGGAAGAAGAUACGAGGAAGACAAAUGGAAGUGUGGCUGGAGGCAUCCAUUCCAUGGCCAACCCGAGGUGGUGGUGGUUCCUAUCUAGCAAAACUAACGAGCGCUAUCAAGUAUCAGAGUAUUUACAGAUUUAUUUAUGGCGAAAGAUGUAUCAUAUACGAUCGUUACUUGUAUUAUGGGAUUAGGAAAAGGUGCAUCACGGCCACCCUAAGGGAUCAUGGCCACAGCUCUCAACACCCUCUGGAUAUCCCGCUCUUUCGUUACGGCUCAGUCUCGGAUCUAUGCGAGCAAUCUGCUAUGCUGAGAACUCUUCUCUGCGCAGCCUUCAAAUAAUGGAAUCUGCUUCUAGGACGAGGGCAGUGGAAAAGGUCUUCUUGGAAAGAUCAUUUCUCCAGAGUGCGCAUCCAGUAGUCGAGGCGUGAAAGU